CCUUCAUUAAGUCCACAUAUGUGCCUCUCAAGAUGUGAUUCAUAUAUUUGUUUUGUUCAGUGACAAUUGACGAACUUAUUGACGCUCUUUUAUUUAUGGCUUGAAAGGAGGUCCAGACCUAUUUAAAACUGGCAAUAACGCGUACGGUUUUAUAAAAAUUAGUGUAUUACAAGAAAGUUUUUAAAAAGAAUUUACUUCUGGCAUCUGGAAGAAUUUCAUCUAAAAUGUCUCCAACUGCGACCGUUAUUUCUCCAUCGAGUAGUCUCACAUCUCCUCUAUCUAACAGGACAACAGGACAACAGGAUUAUUCUUUCUCUGGGUCAAUUAAUUCCUUAUUGACUUCUUUUCCAACUAACUGGUUCCAGUACCAAAACAAUGACCAAUACCAACCAAAACUUCUGAGUCCAGCUUGGAACACAUACUCGACAAACCAGCCAUAUUCCUUCAACCUCUACAGCCCUUCUUAUUCGAACCAAAGUCUUUGUGAUCCUUUGGCAGACAUUACCGACCAAUUCGCAGACCUGGCAUUAGACAGGAGGCCCAUUAAAAGGCCGCCGCCCUCGUACUUGUGCCACUUGUGUUUUCAAAAAGGACAUUACAUCAAGGACUGUCCACAGGCUCGUCCAAAAGGUGAAGGUAAAACUCCUUACCAAGGCAGAAAGCGAUGUUUUGGCGAAUACAAGUGUCCAAAAUGCAAGAGAAAAUGGAUGUCGGGUAAUUCUUGGUCUAAUAUGGGUCAAGAAUGUAUUAAGUGUCAUAUCAACGUCUUUCCUCAUAAACAAAGACCUUUAGAAAAGCCGGAUGGUUUGGACGUUUCGGACCAAUCCAAGGUUCAUCCGCAGCACCUGUGCCAAAAGUGUAAAGAAUUAGGUUAUUACUGUAGAAGGGUGCAAUAAUACAAUACAAUCUAAAAUGUUGCUCUGUUUAGAUUUUUGUUUUAGUUUUUUUAUUUUUUUAUAUUAUCUAGAAAAUAUUAAUUGACGUUUUUAUAUUUUAUUACUUUUAUUUUUCAGGUUUAUUUAUACUUUUAUUUUUUUACUGGAGUAAAUUUUAAAGUACUUAAAAUAUAUAUUGAUGUAUGUUACCGAUUAUCUAGAGAUGUUAUAUAAAUAUUGAUGUUUAUUUUCC